AUGAAAGCCGUGGUGUGGGCCGUGGCUGUGCUUUUCCUAGUGGGGGGCGAGGCUCGGCAUUUCUGGCAGCACGAUGACCCCCAGACUCCCUGGGACCGGGUGAAGGACUUUGCCUCGGUGUACGUCGAUGCCGUCAAGGACAGCAGCCGAGACUACGUGGAGCAGUUUGAAAACACUCCCUUGGGAAAACAGAUGAACCUGAAACUCACGGAGAACUGGGACACGUUGGGCUCCACCUUCGGCAAGCUGCGCGAGCAGCUGGGCCCGGUGACCCAGGAGUUCUGGCAGAACCUGGAGAAGGACACCGAGUGGCUGCGGGCGGAGAUGGGCAAGGACCUGGAGGACGUGAAGCAGAAGGUGCAGCCCUACCUCGACGAGUUCCAGAAGAAGUGGCACGAGGAGGUGGAGCGCUACCGCCAGAAGGUGGGGCCCCUGGCCCAGGAUCUGCGCGAGGAGGCCAGCAAGAAGCUGCAGGACCUGCAGGGCAAGCUGGCGCCGCUGGGCGAGGACCUGCGCGACUCCAUGCGGCAGCACGUGGACGCGCUGCGCACGCAGCUGGCGCCCUACAGCGAGCGCAUGCGCGAGCGCCUGGCCGCGCGCCUGGCCGCGCUCCGCGACAGCCCCAGCCUGGCCGAAUACCAGGCCAAGGCCCACGAGCACCUCAAGACCCUGCACGACAAGGCCCAGCCCGCCCUCAGCGACCUGGGCCAGGGGCUGCUGCCCGUGCUGGAGAACCUGAAGGCCACCCUCCUCACCGCCAUCGACGAGGCCUCCAAGAAGCUCAGCGCCCAGUGAGGCCCAGGCGCCCCCCGGCCCCCCCCCCCGCCCCCCGCCUUUGCUUUCUUACAAUAAAUGGCCCCGGAA